GAAACGUUACCGGAAAUCGCGAGGAGGGUCAAAGGAUACCCGGUCUCCGAAGUUCAUGGCGAUGCUGGUCCUAGUACCCGGACGAGUUAUGCGGCCUCUGGGUGGCCACCUUUGGCGCUUCUUGCCUCGCGGAUUCGAGCUUUGGGGCCCAGCCGAGGGAACUGCGAGAGUCUUGCUGAGGCAGCUCUGCGCGCGGCAAGCGGAGGUGUGGCGUGCCUCGGGGCUCCCUGGCUACUGCCUAGGAACCCGGCCCCUCAGCACGGCGAGGCCGCCACCCCCACCCCCGUGGUCGGAGAAGGGCCUCAGAGACCCCAGGCGCCCCUCGAAGCCCGGGCCUGUUUCCUGGAAGUCUUUAGCAAUCACAUUUGCUAUUGGAGGAGCUUUACUGGCUGGAAUGAGGUACAUGAAGAAAGAAAAGGCAGAGAAGUUAGAGAAGGAACGGCAGCGACAGAUCGGCAAGCCUUUACUUGGGGGACCAUUUUCCCUCACAACUCAUACUGGGGAGCAUAAAACUGACAAGGACUACUUGGGUCAGUGGUUAUUGAUUUAUUUUGGCUUCACUCAUUGCCCUGAUGUCUGUCCAGAAGAACUAGAAAAGAUGAUUCAAGUCGUGGAUGAAAUAGAUAGCAUUACAACUCUGCCAGAUCUAACUCCACUUUUCAUCAGCAUUGACCCAGAGAGGGACACGAAAGAAGCCAUCGCAAAGUAUGUGAAAGAAUUUUCUCCCAAACUGGUUGGCUUGACUGGCACGAGAGAAGAAGUCGAUCAGGUGGCCAGAGCAUACAGAGUGUAUUACAGCCCUGGCCCCAAGGAUGAAGAUGAAGACUACAUAGUGGAUCACACAAUAAUAAUGUACUUGGUUGGACCAGAUGGUGAGUUCCUAGAUUAUUUUGGCCAGAACAAGAGGAAGGGAGAAAUAGCUGCUUCAAUUGUCGCACACAUGAGGCCAUACAGGAAAAAGAGCUAGCCAAAGCAGUGUUGCUGGAUGCAGUAUUCUCUUGCUAAGAGGAAGGAAACUUUGUCUCGCAUAGGAGCUUAUAUAAAUAUAAACAUAUAUACAUGCGGUCUACAGAAUGGCCUUCAUAUCAUGAGAACAUUUCUGUUUUGGAUGGGGAUGUUACCCUUGCGUUCAACCAAAAUUGAUUCUUGGAACUGUAAAGUUUAUAACCCAAAGUCAGAGGACCAAGUUAAAGUGAAGCCAGUAAAGAACCCACCUGCGGAAAGGACACGGCGGGGCGAGGCACAGCCAGUGCAUUUCUGCCUGCAAACAGGCCCUCCCAGCAGCUCUGCUGCCUCUCCAUUGUUUUGGACCCUUGCUCGAAGAGCUGUGGGACUGAAUUUCAUGGAAAAGUAUAUAAUUUCCACAGUCCUCUUGCUUGCCUCUUCUUGAGUUCUCUGCUCGUCUGAGUUCUUGGUGGCUAAUAACAGUCAGAUUAGGGUCUCUGCCGUUCAGAGUUGAUACUUGAAAACUUUAGUUUUCCUUAUUAAUGAAUAUCACUAUCGGAUUUGACUAAUGAAGAGGAAAUCUAUUGUUUGGGGAAAAAAACAUCAGUUUGAUGUCUCUAGGGGGUCUUUUAUGUGAUUUUUAGCUAAGUGGUGUGCCAGGUUUUCAGUGAUAUACCAAAUGAAAAUAGAGGAUAUUGAUCAUGAGUGUGAUGCUGAGUACCUCUCUGCCUAUACUGAAUUGUACUUUGUGUAAAAUAAACAUAUUCAAUUUUGCUGUUCAGA